AUGCUGCCUUCGUCGCCGUGCCACAGCUUCUCCGACUCACUAAUGGAAGAGAACAUCGAAAUCGUUAAGGCCUUAAUCGCCAUGCAGCAUUUCCUCAUCUCCCAAACCAUCAGCGUCGAAAAGCUCAUUCGAGCUCAAAAUCUCAUGCAAUCCGUCAUGAAAUGUCUCGAGAAAGAGUGUUACCAGAUUUUGUUCGCCAAUCGGGAGUAUUUAGACCUCAAAACAGUCUCGAACCGGUCCUCCAAAGCCUCGACUAGGACUAGCGUAUUAGAUCAAGAUUCCGAGUCGAAGGACGAGUCGGUGGACCACAUCUCUUGGGUCGCGAUGUUUGAUUUGAAAUCCAUUGUCGAUUGCAUGAUCGCAUUCGAAUACGGCAAAGAGUGCGUGAGAAUUUACAACAUCAUCAGAAAAUCGAUCUUCAACGAAAGCCUUUACCUCAUCGGCAUCGAGAAGAUGACACUCUCAUAG